AUGCUCUUGAAAACUGAAGAAGCGGAUAGGGCUGCCAUCAACACCAAAAGGUUGUCAGCUAUGAUUGAAUCCUUUCAUGAUAGUACUGUAGAUGAAAUUUUAUUCAUGCCUAGAUCAACCUCCAGUUCACCUCGCAUUGAGGGUUCGUAUAUCCCAUUUAAUGUACAUUCUUCUUCUGGAACAGUCCACGGUAAUACGACGGACUCGAAGCCAAUUAAAGUUUUAACGCCCGCGGUGUCGAUGUCAACAAAUUUGGAUGGCAUUAGCAACCUGCCAGCAGGCAACCGAGAAAGUAUUUUAUCUGAAUAUGCUGCAAGCAUACAUGAGGGGGUUCCGAUUUCCUAUGUUGUGGCUAAUAAUUCAGUUAAAGAUGUUCGAGAAGAACCUCAGUUGCCGGAGCUACCAAUUAAAGGGAGGAAAAUUCCAAUUGGGCUGGUUCGGAGUGACAAUCCGGGGGACAGCAGGGAAAUUAGAGUUCAUAAUCGGCUAGUCCAUAUGGCGUCAAAAUUGCACUAUAAGAAGUCGCUGCGUCUUGUUUCAUCGCAACAGCUUGCACAGCAGUCAGAGCUUUCAACUUCGUAUGAAGGCGGGAGUGACAGUGGUUAUUCCGAAAUUCAUUCAAGAAAUUCCGAUAUGCGCAGUGUUGAUACCGCUAGCUCAUCUUCCUCAACAGGCAGGGGAACCUAUGCGGGGAGCAAUUCUGCUCCAACAGAAAAAGAGGAUUUAAAUGUAGUACAUGAAGAUAAAGCGCCCCCAAUUAGGCUGACGCGUAGCACACCAGUUCGCUCAAUCAACGAAGAUCAAAACAUGAACUACUCUAAAAGGUACGAAAGUCCUGCUAACUCUCGUAUCACAACGCCUUUACAGCUGAAAAGGACACCUGGUACCCCAGAACAGGCUGUAAUUGCUGAUAAUGCGUCUGGUUUCUCGGAUAUGACAUCCAUUGCUUCUAGUCUGGUGCCACCUCUUAAGACUACAGUACUAUUGAAGAGACAACAGAGUGGUGCAUUACCGGAUCGAUCAAUUACGUCAGAUUACCACCCCACCAUUCCUGCUCGUAAUAAGAACAGACCAAAGUCAGCUCUUUUUCUUCAACAGGGGUUGGACAACAUACAGAAGGAGCUAAUCAAGGAAAUGGAUAACACAGAACGUGAUGAGUUUCGCCGUUCGAGAGGUAAUUCUCAUUCCGCGGAAUCUAAGUCAGAACUGUAUUUCUCCGCUCAAGAUGAUACUAUCACUGUUCCCGCAUCCGAGGAUGGUGAGUCAACUGGAAGUAAUACAAAGGUUUUUGACGACCCAGAAGUUGACGCGUCUUACCUUUCCAGGCCACUGCCGACAAUACCAGCAGAGAGAAAGAACCAAAAAUCUACAAAGCAAUUUAGUGCAGCAGUCGAUAGCACCGUGCCGUUAAAGUUAAAACCCCCUCAGGCAGUGCCCUCAUGCCAAAGUGCGAUCACGGAAGAUGAUGAAUGGGAGGACGAGCUGAUUUAUAAGGAUUCCAAGGCAGCUAAAUCCUCAAACAUAUCCAACACCGCAUAUACUGCUAGAUCUAAAAAGCAUGGCACUACUGGUAAAGGUCACAAAGAACGGAGUAGCAAAUCUCUUGGUGUGGAUGCUUUUACAAACCUCUUGAAUGCUACUAAGGGCACCUUAAUAGGUUCUGAAUUUGCUAACUUAGGAAUACGGGCAGAAGAAAAGCUAGCGUUGGAAAGAUUGGUAGAUUCGUUGUCUAGACUCACAGCAGACAUGAUUGUUGAUCCUGAGAGGUAUGCAGAAGGUCUAAGGAGGUUAGACAAGGCCACGAAAGCAUUGGACGGCUUUUAA